AUGCCCUCCCAAGCCGACGACAAACGCCAGGCCGCCCGCGAAGUUAUUGACAUUCUUCACGAGAUUUCCACCCUUCUUAACACUAAUUUAGACCGCACGGAGCUGUCGCUUUGUGUGUCCUUGAUUGAGAAUGGAGUCAAUCCGGAUGCUCUUGCUGCGGUCAUUAAGGAUCUAAGAAAAGAAUCUGGUGUGCCGCGCGGGUUCGCGAAUGAGCAGCAGCAGCAGCAGGGUUUGCCGGAGUGA